AUGCGUUGCUGUUCAUCUGGGUUGUCCAACGCAUGCGGCGUACUCCACCAGAGGCGGGUGCCGAUUGCUGGGCCCGCGAAGACCCUGCCGACACCAAGCCAGCUGGUGGAGAUGAUGGAUGCGAGGGGCUGCUGGGUGGUCGUGCAGCACCUCGCGCUCGGCUGGCGGUUCGCAUGCUGCCGCGUCCAGCGCCAGCUCCAGACGCGCCCUGGCCACCUCCAGGCAGCGGCCUUUUGCGCGUUCUUCCGUAUUCCAUCAUCCAUAGUGGUGGGCGUCAUUUCGGGAACGCCAGACCCGGCGCCGUUUCUGGUGAGGCCAUGUGCACAAGCGGGCCUUUGCACCUUCAAUUUUUGCCGAGGCACGGCACUAACACCUCUUGGCAAGGUGCUGACUGACUGCGCUGACGUAGCGGUUUUGUCACAUAACCGUUACGUCAGCGGGCGAUGGGGUCGUCACUUCCCUACGCCUUAA